AUGGCAUGGUAUGUCAGAUGAUUGUGGUCAACAAACCACAAAGACAUCGGGACAUUAUACUUAUUAUUUGGUGGGUUCGCCGGGAUGAUAGGGACGGCAUUUAGUAUGUUAAUCAGAUUGGAAUUAUCCGCGCCAGGGCCGAUGUUGGGGAACGACCAAUUAUAUAAUGUGAUAGUGACGGCACAUGCAUUUGUGAUGAUAUUUUUUAUGGUGAUGCCGGUAAUGAUAGGGGGAUUUGGGAAUUGAUUAGUUCCGUUGUAUAUAGGGGCGCCGGACAUGGCGUUUCCACGACUAAAUAACAUAAGUUUCUGGUUAUUGCCGCCCGCCUUAGCCUUAUUAUUAGGUUCGGCCUUUGUAGAACAAGGGGCGGGUACGGGGUGAACAGUAUAUCCACCACUGGCAAGCAUACAAGCACAUUCGGGGGGGUCAGUAGAUUUGGUGAUAUUUAGCUUGCAUUUAGCGGGGAUAUCGUCUAUAUUGGGUGCAAUGAAUUUUAUUACAACAAUAUUCAACAUGCGAGCCCCGGGUAUGACAUUAGACCGGGUGCCAUUAUUUGUGUGAUCCGUGUUAGUAACGGCUUUUCUAUUAUUAUUGUCAUUACCAGUGUUAGCCGGGGCGAUAACAAUGUUAUUGACAGAUAGGAAUUUCAAUACUACAUUUUUUGAUCCAGCUGGAGGUGGGGACCCGAUAUUAUAUCAACAUUUAUUUUGAUUUUUUGGGCAUCCGGAGGUAUAUAUAUUAAUACUACCUGGAUUUGGGAUGAUUUCCCAGAUCAUACCAGUGUACGCAGCUAAAGAACAAAUUUUCGGUUACUUAGGGAUGGUAUACGCCAUGGUAUCGAUAGGAGUAUUAGGGUUUAUUGUGUGGGCGCAUCACAUGUUCACAGUGGGGAUGGAUGUGGAUACUCGGGCAUAUUUUACUGCAGCAACAAUGAUUAUUGCAGUGCCGACGGGGAUCAAAAUAUUUAGCUGAGUGGCGACUAUAUACGGAGGGGUGUUGAAAUUCGACACUCCAAUGUUGUGGGCCAUAGGGUUUGUGUUUUUAUUCACCAUUGGGGGGCUAACUGGUAUUGUAUUGGCGAAUAGUUCGUUAGACAUCGUUUUGCAUGAUACGUAUUACGUGGUGGCGCACUUUCAUUACGUUCUAUCGAUGGGUGCGGUGUUUGCAAUUUUCGGAGGGUUUUAUUUUUGGUUUGGGAAAAUAACAGGCUAUAGAUAUAGAGAGGAGUAUGGGCGAAUGCAUUUUUGAAUAAUGUUUGUGGGGGUGAAUUUGACUUUCUUUCCCCAGCAUUUUUUAGGACUAGCCGGGCUACCUCGGCGGUACUCGGAUUAUCACGACAGUUUCGCGGGUUGGAAUAAAAUAAGUUCAAUAGGAUCAAUAAUAUCUAUAGUAGGGGUGGUAUUGUUUGUGUAUAUAGUGUGCGAGGCAUUUACAAGGGCGGAAGCGUAUAAAGUGGAAAUGGAUUAUUAUCCGACUUUAGAGUGGGGGCAUGUGAGCCCACCGGCAUACCACACGUAUGAUGAACUGACUUUUGUUUGUGAUGCGGAUGCAACGGGACCGGGGUAUGUUGUGCAUCCUAAUGCACAAAUAUAA